GCUUCCUUAAGCCAGACUUAAUAUUGAUAGAAUGAAAAAGUUUAAGAGGAGACUUUCCUUAACCCUGCGUGGAAGCCAGACCAUUGAUGAAUCGCUGUCUGAGCUAGCAGAACAAAUGACAAUUGAGGAAAAUAGCAGCAAAGAUAACGAGCCUAUUGUGAAGAAUGGCAGGCCUCCAACGUCUCACAGCAUGCACUCAUUUCUCCACCAAUACACAGGAUCUUUCAAGAAGCCCCCUUUACGGAGACCACAUAGCGUCAUAGGGGGCAGCCUCGGCUCUUUCAUGGCAAUGCCCAGAAAUGGGAGCAGAUUAGAUAUUGUUCAUGAAAAUCUGAAAAUGGGGUCAGAUGGUGAAAGUGACCAAGCUUCUGGAACAUCAUCUGAUGAAGUUCAGUCUCCUACAGGUGUUUGUCUCAGAAACCGGAUACACAGACGAAUCUCAAUGGAGGAUUUGAACAAGCGUUUGUCCCUGCCUGCUGACAUCAGGAUACCUGAUGGCUAUCUUGAAAAGUUGCAGAUUAACAGCCCGCCGUUUGAUCAGCCAAUGAGUCGACGUUCUCGUAGAGCAUCACUAUCAGAAAUUGGAUUUGGAAAAAUGGAAACCUAUAUCAAGUUAGAAAAGCUUGGAGAGGGUACUUAUGCAACAGUUUAUAAGGGGAGAAGUAAAUUGACAGAGAACCUGGUAGCUCUGAAAGAAAUCCGCCUGGAACAUGAAGAGGGAGCACCAUGCACAGCCAUAAGAGAAGUAUCAUUAUUAAAAGAUCUGAAGCAUGCAAAUAUUGUUACAUUACACGAUAUUGUGCACACAGACAAGUCUUUGACUCUUGUUUUCGAAUAUCUGGACAAGGAUCUGAAGCAGUACAUGGAUGACUGUGGUAACAUCAUGAGUAUGCACAAUGUAAAGCUAUUUUUAUACCAGAUUCUUCGUGGUUUGGCAUAUUGUCAUAGGAGAAAGGUAUUACAUCGAGAUCUGAAGCCACAGAAUCUACUAAUUAAUGAGAAAGGAGAACUGAAGCUUGCAGACUUUGGAUUGGCUAGAGCGAAGUCUGUCCCUACAAAGACCUAUUCCAAUGAAGUUGUCACGUUAUGGUACAGACCACCUGAUGUUCUCCUCGGAUCUUCAGAGUAUUCAACUCAAAUUGACAUGUGGGGUGUCGGAUGCAUAUUUUUUGAAAUGGCAUCAGGAAGGCCUCUUUUUCCUGGUUCGACUGUUGAAGAUGAACUGCACUUAAUUUUCAGACUUCUGGGAACCCCAUGUCAAGAAACAUGGCCAGGCAUUUCUUCCAGUGAUGAAUUUAGAAACUACAACUUUCCUAAGUAUAAACCACAACCCCUCAUCAACCAUGCACCAAGGCUAGACACAGAAGGAAUUGAAUUGAUAGCGAAGUUUCUUCAAUAUGAAUCGAAGAAGAGAAUUUCAGCAGAAGAGGCCAUGAAACAUGCAUACUUCAGAAGUCUUGGAACAAGAAUACACACUUUGCCUGAAAGUGUUUCAAUAUUCAGUCUAAAAGAGAUUCAGUUGCAAAAAGACCCUGGCUUUCGAAAUUCCACUUACCCAGAGACAGGACAUGGGAAGAACAGAAGGCAGAGCAUGCUUUUUUAAAGUGGGCGAUGCAGAGUCAAGCCCAAGCCUAUCCUAUCAGUCAAGGACUCGGAUCUGAAGGAAGUGCUCUCUGUUGGUGGACUUGGAAUCGCAGUUUGUCUACACUGUCCUCUUCACAGUGGAGUCUUUUUAUUUCCAACCUGCAGAUUAUGUUUUUAUAUUUGUUGUCACAGUGUGACAAUUUUUUGUACAGUUGGUUUUAAGGUCUCCUCUGCCACUAGAGCCAGUAGGUUACAGCUGUUGAUGUAACUGUAGCUGCAAUUUUUGUGCAGGACUGAGAAACACAGUGCAUUAUUUAUUGCGGAAUCAUUGCUGCUAAAUAACUACUGUCUGUAUAGUUAACACAACAGUUCCAUGCCUGAAGAAGUUGCAAUGGCUUUAUAAUAUGUGAAUGCAUCUGUUUCUCUUCAUAAAAUGUUCUACUGCUGCGGGGUUUUUUUGUAUUUCUUAAACUGCAGUGUUUCCUGGAAUGUAAACAUAGCUUUGCUUGGCUAUAGGUGAACCAUCUUUAAUGCUCUAAGUUCAUGGCACUUAAUUCCUUAUUUAACAUUGGAAGUAUGUGUUGAAAUAGUUGAAAAAUUAUAAUGCAUAUUAUGUUUUUGAAAAGCACAUGGUGUGAAAGUUGAUUCAAACAAGUGAACAGUAACUAUCAUUUGCUCUCAGAUCCUACGUUAGUUAUUGAUAAACUAGAGCAUGGAGACUGGAUGACAAAUUUUGUCAGGCUUACUUCAGCAUAAGAUAUUUGCACAUUGUUGUGCAUAUGGGGCCUGCAGAAGCAAUGACUUUUUUACCUUGUUUUUAACUUAGAAAUACAAAUAGUAAAAAGUUGAUUCAUAUACGUUGGACCCUGGCUUACUUUUGAAAUUUAGAAUUUCAUUACAGAGGAACAGGACAACUAAUUACAAGAACAUGGGAAUAAUUUCACACUUUUCCCACCUUGUUGCUCUCCCAUUUGUGUAUUAUUCACUUGAAAUCAACUGGAAAGAUGCAAGUUUGUACUUGAUAAGAACUCACUAUACUACAGAGCUUUUACAAUGGGAACUUAGAGAGUUUUUCAGAUCUUAGAUGUUACCUGUUUACCAGAGAUAGUAAUGAUGUUACUACUACGCUUAUGCAUCUCAGUGAGUAUCAUAAGUACACCCUUGGUGAUGGUUACAGUAUUUUUAAGCGUUUGUGUUCACCUUUAUGAACCUAUUUGUUUAGUGCAUCUUAAAGAGACUGUAAAUCUUUAUUGGUAUAUUUUGAAAUGGUCAUGUAAAUCUUUGGCUGGUAUAUCAUGAAAAUAGUCAUAGGUAACUUAAUUUUUCCUGACAUUCACUGUAAAACAUUCAGGGGUCCUACCAUUUCUGUUCAGGAAAUCUUGUAGUUUAUUGUUAUUUAACAGUAUUAAGUGAAUUUUUGUAUAUUCAUUUUAACUUUAUUUGUGAAUAGUGAUUGUGGCAUGUUUGGGGGUGUUUUAUUAAUAUUUCAUUGAUACUGGUAAAUUUGAAUUGGGAUUUUUUUUUUUAUUUUCUGGAAGAGAGAAAUUCAUGUGUAAUGGUGACUAUUGGACCACUACUGCUUUUCAGCAUUUGUAAACUGGUUUUACGUUAAAUCUUGUAGACCUAACAAACUGCUGUUAUUUCUAACUGACCGACCUGUAUUAAUAUUGUACUUUUGAAAGUAUAAAUAUUAUGUGGAAUUCUUUGGUUUUGUUUUGAAAUUUAUAACAACAAAGGCCCUGUGUUGUUAAAAAUACAGACUAAGUGAACUUGCA